AUGCCUGUCGCCGUUGCUGCAGCCCCACGCGGUCAAUUCUCCCUGGCAAAUGCCAUUCGCGGUCGCAAUCGAGCAGUGUCUGAAGUUGGCCUGCCGCCCCCACGCGAACCUGAACGCGCCCAGCUGCCCAAGGCGGCCUCGUACACGUACUUCCCCCGUGUCAAGGACAUUGACACCGACACCACAGACCUGAAUGGGGAGGACAAUGACAACAAGACGGGCCAUGGCGAACGCACGUCGGAGAGUUCCUCGGGCGGAUCGAGUCCGUCGUCAGAAGAGGCUCCAGAAGAGGCUCCAGAAGCAGCCGCUGUGCAGAUGCGGCCCAGCCUGAAGCCCACGGUGCAGCGCAAGUCAUCGCGCUUCCGCCCCUUUUCCAGCAAGAGCAGAGAUGCCUCCGCGGAACCCAUGCCCGACCGCGGGCGCACCGAGAUGGCUAAGCAGCAGGCCGAAGCGCCCACAGGCUCGCCCGUCCGAUCCCUGACCAAGCUGCGGAGGAAGUCGUGGGUCGUUUCGCAGCAGCCGCAGUCAUCUUCGCCGACGAGGGGCAAGGCCGCACAGAAGAAGCACGACAGCAGCAGCAGUGGCAACACCAGUACCAACAUCAGUACCAACACCAGCACCAGCACCAAAAACAGCACCACUAGCACCACCAGCGACGACGCCGACGCCAACAGGGACGCGGACAAGGCCACUGACAGCUCCCCGGCCACAGAAGCGCUCAAACGCCAGCGGCCAACCAACACCAUCAGCAUUCCGGAAGAGUCCGAGGUAAGGGACUCGUCCCCGCAAGACCUACAGCAGCCUGUGCCUCUUAGCAAGAAGAACAAACGGCUCAGCGGCCUCUUCAAUGCAACCACAAGCUCGUCGCCCACCGUGCCCAAGUCUUUCUCCACCGAAAAGCUCCCUCACUACUCGCAGCCGCAUACGCCCCUCAGCCCGACUAACGCUCCGCCGCUACCACGCAAUAUAUCAGCCGAGAAGCUCAAGGGCGCAAAGACGGAGCCCCGCAAGAAGGAUGAGCUCUGGACGGCGUUCCGGACGCUCGAUGCAGACCUCCGCAAGUUUCAGUCAAAAUCUAGCGCCCUCAAAGCCAACGUCGUUCGAACCGCCCUGCUCCCUUUCCUGCGCCAAUACGCCUCUCAUCCCUCGAACCACAAGCUACGACCAGAAGACCUGGACCGACGAGCAAACAUCUUGAACGGAUGGUGGACAGGCCUGCUGGAACUUGUGGCAGGUCGUAAUGGCCAGUCCAUGUCAGGCACAGAUCGUCCCGCCAUACUCGAAGGCAUCGUUGGCAUCAUGGAAAGAUCCGAGUGGAGACUGUGGCCAUCUCCGUAUUGUGCCCUUGCAGACCGAGUAGCGACCCCUUCUACAACCACGAACACUUCCAGUGCCUCAAGCUCUUCCGACUUCCUCGCCGAUUCUGUGUACCACAAUGUUCGAAACAUCUUCACACAAAACCUGCUUUCACAAAUGGCCUUCGUGGUCGAGAAGAUGUCUCUUAGAAAUGCGGCUGCUAGUCUCGUAACCUUCUGCGGCAAGACAUGCGCCUACGUCUUUUGCUUCUGUCCUGGAAUCGCCGACACUCUCGUACGACUGUGGAACCCAUCGUUAGAUAUGAUGAAGCGCGUCUUGAAGGAAUCGGGCGUGUCGAAACUCGACAAACUCGACGAUCUAUCCGAGUCUGUGGCAGCCGCUUUUCCACCCGGUCUCCACUCGCUCAAAUUCUCCUCUCUCGCGAAAACGGUGCGCUUGCUACGGAAACCUGUCUCUCCCCCUUUGGCUGUGGCCAACCUUGACUGGUACGGACUUUGGACCAAGCGCUGGUCUGGAGCAGAGAGCGACCUCUUUUAUGUUUUUGUCAAGCAUUACCACAUCCUCGUUACCGAAUUCCUGCCCGUGGAGCCGAGCAACGCAGAGCGGAUAUGUGUGCCUGGAUUGCUUAUGGUUCACGCGCAAAUUCUCGUAAAUCUAGAUGCGACGAUCAAUAGGCAUGCAGCACCACCACAACCAGAGGAGCCUUCACAAGCAAACGCAACGGCCGCUCCCAUUACAUUUGACGAUGUCCUAGAGCCAGACGCGUCGGUGACAGCAAUGUCCCUCCCACCUGCAAAUGCUACGAGGCAGAUGCAGGAGAAUCGACUGAUCAUGCUUAUUCGCGAUUUCCUAUCCGAGCGAAACGUACAUCUCCACACUGCUCGACGGAUGUUUGCCGAAAGUUUCGCUCGUUUACUCCAGGCCCAGGCCCGCAAAAUUACCAUAUACGACAGUAAUGCUUGUUAUACACUGUGCGAUUUUCUAGAAGAGGCGUUUGUCAUCAUGGUCCGUUACGAACAACACGAUAGCGACCACCACUCAGUCUUGAACUGGGACUUCUGGCUUUCCGUGUGCAAAGCGAUGGCUUCAAGUCAUAACACUGGCACCGAGAUCAAGUUGUAUUCUUUUCUAUUCAGCAUCUGGCCCACACUGGUUAUGGAUGAACGGCGCAAAGCAAGCUUAUGCCUCGAUUUUUUGCUGGAGCCAGACUUCUUUGAGAGCCGAUUCAACCACUGGUGUCCGAUGGUGCGCUCCUACUUUAUGCGCCUCCUAUGUUGGCGAGUCGCACGUUUUGAUGGAGAGGAGACCGAUGUCGAAGUGGAGAUCAAGCGAGCGUUGAGCGACCGUCUACGCACUGUAUGGUCACACUAUUUGUGGCUUCAAGAGGAGGCUGAGAAGAAGGACACUGCAUUCCCAUCAACACAGGCGUGUAACCCUGCGCCGGGCCGACGAUUUCUCAUCAUACGUAAUGAUAGCCCUGUCACUGCUUGCAAUGGCCCCUUUCUCUCAUUCGACGGUGUUGUGCAGAAUCCUCAUCAAGCAAAACUGCCGAUUCCUGUUAGUACAAGUCCAGAAACCGAACUUCGACCAACAUCAGCAAUGUCAAUCGAUUCCAAUGAUUUUCCGGACGAGGAACCAGGGAGGGGCAAGUGGGGUCUCUUCCGCAGUCUUAUAGGGGGAGGCUCAAGCAAGGCCGCGAAGGCGAAGAGCCCUAGCCCGAGCAUCAAAGAGAAGGAGAACCUGAAGACCAAUGGAGGCAGGACGUCAAAUGAUGCCGGCUCGAGUAAACAGUCUUCCCCGGAACCGUCUGCGCCGCCUCCUCUGACGCAUCGCUCCUACAGCUUCCGCUUUUCCCUCGAAUGGGUGGACAAGCGCUUCGGUACUUAUCAGAACAUGCGCCUUCAGCCUCCUCGUCUGCCGCAACCCGCUCAGACCCUCCUCCAACACCGAGCGAUCAACAUGGACCCUGUAAGCAGCGUCCAGCCGACCGGCACCGCAAUAACAUCAAGCACCUACGCUGGACGUGCGCUUGCAGAAUGGACUUUCGUUAGUCACGAAUGUCAGAACUUCUUUGACAGGCGGAAGAAUGAAGGUGUACCAACGAAUCGUCAAGUGGAAACACCCUCACUCAAUGUCGAAGCUUUCAGACGACCAGGCUGA